UAGCGCGGGGCAGGGGAGCGUCGCUGCUUUUUUGCUGUCGUUCGUGUCCGUCGGCUGGGCUGGAGAGGACGGAACAAAGGGAAGAAGUCCGUGCCGGAUCGGCGAUGGUGGGCAUUCCGGGAGCUUCUCAGUUUGCUGGUGAGAAGAGAGUAUCAGUAAUGCCAGGAUCCCCUGUGGAAGUCAAGAUACAGUCAAGAUCUUCUCCAUCCAGUAUGCCACCUUUACCACCUGUCAACCCCAGUGGCCCCCGGCCUGCUUCAUUUACCCCAGCAGCAUUAUCUAAUGGGAUGAAUCAUUCUCCCCCUACUUUGAAUGGAGCUCCUUCACCCCCCCAGAGGUUCAGCAAUGGUCCUGCAUCGUCUUCCUCAUCUUCACUGACGAAUCAACAGCUCCCAGCUACCUGUGGGGCUCGUCAGCUGAGCAAACUGAAACGCUUUCUUACCACCCUUCAGCAGUUUGGCAAUGAUAUUUCACCAGAAAUUGGAGAAAAGGUCCGGACUCUUGUUUUGGCAUUAGUGAAUUCAACAGUGACAAUAGAAGAAUUUCAUUGCAAGCUUCAGGAAGCUACUAAUUUCCCUUUGCGUCCAUUUGUAAUUCCAUUCUUAAAGGCCAACCUUCCUCUCCUCCAGAGGGAAUUGUUGCACUGUGCUAGAGCAGCCAAGCAAACCCCUUCUCAGUAUUUGGCCCAACAUGAGCAUAUUCUGCUGAAUACAAACACAGCAUCCCCUGCUGACUCUUCAGAAUUGCUAAUGGAAGUAAAUGGAAAUGGAAAGAGGCACAGUCCAGACAGAAGGGAAGAGAAUAACUUUGAGAGAGAAUCGAUCCCUUCAGAGCCUCCUGCCAAAAGAGUUUGCACCAUUAGCCCAGCACCUCGACACAGUCCAUCCCUCAUGCUGCCUAUUAUUAACCCAGCUGGGCAAUUUCAUCCUACACCUCCUCCACUCCAGCAUUAUACCUUAGAAGACAUUGCAACAUCCCAUUUGUAUAGAGAUGCAAGCAAGAUGCUGGAACACAGGGAUUUGCGAGAAAGACAUAGUAUAGGAUUAAAUGGAGGUUACCAGGAUGAAUUGGUGGAUCAUCGCCUAACAGAGAGGGAAUGGGCUGAUGAAUGGAAGCAUCUGGAUCAUGCAUUGAAUUGUAUUAUGGAAAUGGUAGAGAAGACCAGGCGUUCCAUGGCUGUCCUCCGCCGUUGUCAAGAAGCUGACAGGGAAGAGCUCAAUUACUGGAAAAGGCGAUGCAGUGAGCCCACCGAGUCACGGAAAGGAGGGAGCGAUUCAACUAUGCGGCAACAUAGUCCUGGGAGCUCAGACUCAAUCAGCAGUGAAUCUCAGCGGGAGUUCAGUAGCAGGCCAGGAACAGCUGGUUAUGUCACAGAAGAGAUAUGGAAAAAGGCUGAAGAAGCUGUGAAUGAAGUCAAACGCCAGGCUAUGUCUGAAGUCCAAAAAGCAGUAGCAGAGGCUGAGCAGAAGGCAUUUGAAAUGAUUGCAUCAGAAAGAGCUAGAAUGGAGCAGACCAUUGCUGAUGCCAAACGCCAAGCUACAGAAGAUGCUUUCCUAGUGAUUAAUGAGCAAGAAGAAUCGACAGAGAGCUGCUGGAAUUGUGGCCGCAAAGCCAGUGAGACAUGCAGUGGAUGUAACAUUGCUCGUUACUGUGGCUCCUUCUGCCAGCACAAAGAUUGGGAGAGACAUCAUCGAAUCUGUGGGCAAGGCCUGCACAGCCAAGUUAAGCCAGCGUCGUUAUCAGCCAGUCGGUCUUCAGCAGCCACCCUCAAUGUAGUUGAUGGAAUAGCAAGUCCAGCUCUGGAAAAAACAUCCGCAACCACUUCUCGAUCCUCCACUCCAGCUUCUGUAACAGCAGUAGAUACAAAUGCACUCUAAAAGGGAACUCUGCAUUCAAUACGUUUUUUGUUAUUUUGUACUUUGGAAAACAGAAACCUCAAUACAUUAUUAAAAAAUUAUAUUCCCACACUUUGGAAUUCAGGCUAUUUGUUGGGGAGGGUGGCUUUGUACAGUGACAUUUUUAGAAAUCUGUGUUAGCCCUUCUAAUUUGGGAUCUCAGAAUAAUCUCAGUGUUUCCUGGAAUAUGCAGAAUUUGUUUUAAUGGAACUUUCUCAAAAGAUACUCUAUAUCAGUGGUUCUCAACCUUUCUAAUGCCGCGACCCCAUAAUACAGUUCCCCAUGUUGUGGUGACCCCCAACCACUGAUACAUCACUGGGUGCCAGGGGCGUAGCCAAAGAAAAAGGGGAAAAAAUGGCAGACAGCCUUGUUUGGUGACCCCCAUGAAAUGGUCGUUCGACCCCAAAUGGGGUCCCGACCCACAGGUUGAGAACCACUGCUCUAUAUUGAUAUAAUUUUAAGCUUCUAACUAUCAAGUUGUUCUUCUAUUUAUCAUGAAGCAAAGCUGCUUGGAAAGCCUUUUCUCUCCAUCUAAUAUAUCCAUUCUUCCUCUGUAUAAUCUGAACAAUUAAGUUUCCACUACCAUCACCCAUUGCUGUUUGAGUACCUCUAGGCUUUUUACAUAUUGUGACAGAAUAAGUGGACCAUUUCUUUAUCAGGCAAAACUAUGUAAAUAAAAUAUAAUAUAAGCAGCCUGUUAUUUUUACCUUUCAUACUCUAGCAUUGAAGAUUUUUUUGUUUUCAUUUUCAUGUUUUCCAUCAUUCCUGAAAGGGACACAUGACCGAAAGAUGCUGUACUUGUGCUUUAAAAGGAAGAUCCAAAACUUGUUCAACUCAUUAGUUUUUCACUUACCAAUUUUGGGAACUUAUGGAUACAAAGCAGAAUACAUAUGAAUUGGUUGGAGGGAUUAAAAUGUUCUAUCUAAAAUUUUUCCAGAACAUCUUAUUGGAUCAUUUAACUGAUUGUUUAUUUUAUCAUCCCAACUCUGUCACACAUUCUUCUCUGCAUAAAUGUUGAUGAUUUUAUAUAUUUUGUUUUAAAGGUGCAUUAGUGAAUAAAUUAACUGCCACAUACCACACAUGACUCAAACAGUUAUAUCCUAUAUCCAGGCUUUCAUGUUCAGGUAUCCUCUAGGUACAUUGAUUUUCAGUUUUCAUAUUUCCCCAGAUUAGAUUGACAUAAUUGUCUAUGGGAUUUAUGGACUUGAAAUCAAAUACCUAUGGAGGGUGUUGUGUUGGAGAAAUUAAAUUUAUUCUCUCAGAAGAUGUUAGUAAAAUUAUAGAAGAUUCAUAUCAUUUAAUAACAUUCAUGAACAGCCAAGGCUAAUGAAUUUAAUUCUCUUUUUCUGUGAGCAAACUAAAAUUAUUGAUUCUAUUGAAGAAUUUCAUGUAUUAAAGUAUUAUGGAAUCUUUCCAAGAUACUUCAUGAAUUCUGUAGGUUCCAAGUUUCCAAGAUCUAUCCACUGUGUCUUUAUAAUGUAUCUAGUUCUUUUGCUGCAUUUAAGAAGGAUUUUUUGUGAUUUUUCCAUCUUAAACAUGCCAGGUUGAUCUUUAUUCAAAUAGAUCGAGAUCAGCGGAGAGUAGGCAAAUCACAACACAGAUGGAAAGCAAGUUUUGUUAGCUUUAAGAUGCAAAUUCCGAGUAAACGACUCAAUAUGGGGAUGGUUGAAAAGAGUUAUUCUCUUACAAUUACCUCUAAUAUACAUAGUUGCUUUUUGCCAACACUAACAUCAGAAACUUGAGAGAUAUAUUUAUGCAUCUAGUUCGAAUCUCAGAGGAGUGGCUUCAUAGAAAGGCUUUUAUAUUUGAAAAGUUAUCAGAAUUUAUUCAGAUUCAUGUUUAUGAAAAUCCAGUACUCUGACUUCUAAUCCGCUAUUUGUGGUUUACCACAAACAUCUGUUUUGCCUUACUCAGAUAUAGUAGUGUGUCUUAAUAUUAAAUUGAGGGAAUUAAUAUACAGUACAGAGGAAGAAGGCAUUUAUAUAUAAGUAAAGGCUUUAUUCAUAUGAUGCCAAAAUCUCAUGGUUUGAUGUUAUGUCUGAGCUAAUCCAUUGUAGCAAAAUAAUUUUUAGGGUAUAUUAGAUACUCUAAAGUAUUAUUUGGUGCUUGCUUGUUUUUGUUUUGCAAAUUCCUGUGUUGCAUAUUUCCAUGAAUGCAUAUGCAUAUGCAUUGCUUGGAGAAAAAUAUUUGAUUUAUACCUGGAACUCAUCCUUUAGUGAUGAUUUACCAAAGAUGGUUUUUUUAAAAUUCAUGCUGUUUAAGAAAAAUCAAAAUCCAAGGUCAUGAUUUCAUACAUGUUCAUAAAUACAUUUUUAGAGUUCAUUUUAAGAAAAGGUUUGUAGUAUUCCAAGGAACUAUCAAGUUUGAACUGUUCCCAAGAUUUUUCAGUGAAUGUGAAAAUAUGAAUUAAAGCUGUGGUGCUAACAUUAUUUACUUGUUCCAAAACUGAUUGCCACCUAAUUUUCUCCAUAGAACAGAAUGAUACAAGAUCAGUUCCAAAGAAAAGUAUGAAUGUGUGUUCGUCUGAGAGAGAGAAAGAUUAUAUGUGUGUGUGAAAAAACGUUCAUUGGCAUUCUAAGAGUAUAUGUAAACAGACUGUCUUCCAUAAUUUAACAUGCAACUACAAUAGAUUGAUGUGUAUUAAGUGAAAAAUACAUCAAUGUACACAGGUUACAUAUUACCAGUCAUAAUUUUAAAAUGAUUUUUGAAAAUGGAAAUGAAAGAUAUGAAAUGCUACUAUGGGAAUACUUUAUGGAUCUUGUUUUCUAUAUAUUUUUGUCAUUGAUUCUAUAUUAGGAAUUUUUGUUACCAAUUUCAUGUGCAUAACUUAUUUAAUAUACUGUAUAAAAGAACCCAAACUGUUACAGAUGUAUUUAGUUUGUUCUACUCAUAGUAGUCAAUAAAGACUAUGUUCACCUUAUAAUA